AUGUCUUACGAAGAGGAACAAAAACGACUCAAACAUUUAUGGGAAGGGUUUGGCGCCAGUUCUGAUGAUGAUGAUGAUGAUUUAUUCAUUGGCAGUAAUUCUGAUGGUGAGGAUGGAAUGCAAGAAGAAGUCGGAAUCGCUGGAAGAGGUGGAGAACACCCAAUAGAAGAAACAGAAUAUGCUGAAGAAGGAACAGUACAUGCAGAAGAAGAAUUGGAAAAUGCUAUUUCUGAUUCGGAUACGGAAUAUGGAGAAAGAGAAAGGGAGUCAACUACAGAUGAUUCACGAAAUGGUGCAGAUUCAAAUAGAGAUGGUAACAGGUAUUUUUUGGAUAAAAACAAGUCGAAAUGGGCAAAGUUUCCGAACAGGAGAAACGUUAGAACUAGAUCUGAAAACAUCGUCAUUCAUUUACCUGGCGUGAAAGGAAUUGCACGACAAAAAAAGACCGCUAUCGACUGUUGGCUUUUAUUUUUUACUGAAGAUAUGCUUGAUGACAUAGUUCGAUAUACGAACGUCAAAUUAGGAAAUAAAGCAACUAAAUAUAAUACGAGCCAUCAGUAUUUGGUAAAAGAGACCGAUAAAAUGGAAAUAAAAGCAGUUAUGGGGUUGCUUUAUUUGACAGGGUUAUAUAAAGCACACCGACAAAACAUGUCAGAUCUCUGGAAUACUGAUGAAAGUGGUAUUGAGUUGUUUCGAACGACAAUGUCCCUUCAAAGAUUCUAUAUCCUGUUGCAGUCUUUGCGAUUUGACAAUAAACAUAAUAGAGACCAGCGAAAAGAAAUUGACAAAUUGGCACCCAUCAUAGGAAUUUUUGAAAAAUUUGUUGAUAACUGCAAAAUACACUAUUCACCCAGUGAAUAUCUAACAGUUGAUGAGAAGUUGGAGCCAUUCAGGGGACGAGUGUCAUUCCUUCAGUAUAUGCCUAAGAAACCUGCAAAAUAUGGUUUGAAAGUUUUUGCACUUGUGGAUGCAAAAACUUAUUAUUGCUUGAACAUGGAGGUUUACGUUGGCACGCAGCCAGAUGGGCCUUACAGGCAAAGCAAUAGUCCGGAAGAUAUAGUCGAACGUUUGAUUGAACCAGUGUCUGGAACUAAACGAAAUAUUACUUUCGAUAACUGGUUUACCAGCUACCCUCUCAUGAUGAAUCUGCUCGAAAGGCAUAAGCUUACAUCAGUUGGAACUGUUAGAAAGAACAAACGACAAAUACCAGCCGUUUUUCUGAAUAUAACAACCAGAGAACCUCGCAGUUCUGUAUUUGCAUUCAGGGAAAAUAUCACAGCUGUGUCAUAUGUGCCAAAAAAGUCGAGAAAUGUCAUUCUCUUCUCUACAUUACAUCAUGAUGAUGCUAUAAUUGAUGAAUCUGGUGACAAAAAAUUACCUGAAAUCAUCCACUUUUAUAAUUCCACUAGACACAUUGGAUGA